GUGCUCGGGUGCAUGCUGCGGGGCAUCAUCCCUAGCGAAAACUUCGAAAAACCGACUUCAAGAAGCCUUUCAAGAAGCCUUUGCUGGACAUUUUGCGACUGCUGUCAGGGGAGGGAUCUGCGGAUACUGACGGCGAUGGAUGACCAGUGAUAUAAGGGAUCGAGAUCAGCCAAAGAGUCAAGCCUUGUGUUGUCCCGACGAGGUGGUGUCCCGCUCAGCACCUGCAACACAGAGGUGCGGGCUGCUGAUAUUUGUGGUGGGGGGCAGAGGUUGACUGCUGCCUGCCCGCAGCAGGCUACGGCUUGUGGGAGAUUUUUGAUUGUUUCCGCGAGCGGGUUUUGCAACUGCCGGGAUGCAGAGCCCCUCGAAGAACCUGGCAUCGCAGGCUGGAGGAGCGGGGGGCUCCCGGGUGCUGCACUUCGGAUUGGCCGGCACGAGGGGAGCCGAGGCGCCCGCGCUCGUGGACUAUAUCCUCUUGGCAGAGUUUGACAUCGACAGUGGCAGCACCGUGAGACAUGCCUACCCCAGCUCGGUGCCGGGAGUAUCGGACGACUGGUUCGCGGAGCACAUGCUCCCGGAGGGCGCCCACAACCACCCUCUCGACUGGACUGUCAUGUUUCUCAACCGCGACAAGACUGCGCUCGACGAGGAUUGGCCGGCUUACUUCGACGGCGAUGAGCAAGCAGGUUCGGCGGAGAAGGGACGGAGCUCCGCCGGAGGCGUAGGUGUGGUAGGGGACAAAUCGUACGAGCCCCGAUUAGCUAGGGGUGGCGAGGGGGAGGGAGAGGGGGAGGGGGGUCGGAGCUUCCUGCACUGCAUCAAUCUGGUUAGAAAACAGGACGACCCUACGGUCCGGCGAGGCGCCGUGGUGAAGGCCAUGUGCAUUUGCUCGCGGUAUAACUACAUUGAGGUUUUCCGGCCGAUGCUCAUGAUCGCCCUCGAGCAAUACUACCAAAGGCAGGUCCCGGAGGUGUUGGAAUCGCUGUUCGAGGCGCUCAACUCCGCGCAUCUCGCGGGGGCUCCGCGACCGACGCCUUGGGAGCGGGGGUUGAUGCGAAGAGGGGUCGCGGACAAGCACAUGGGGACUGUGCCUGUCGAGCACCUUGCCGCUUCGUGGACGUACAUGAUGAGCUUCAAGUACGGCGAGCGCACGGUGCAGGCCUCUAUUCCCCUCUACGCGUUCCCUGACGAGACGCUCAGCCCGUCCGUGACGCUGCUUGUCAACCUCUUCGGGCAGGGAAUCUUGCACCGAGCGUACCCUUACGCUAGCCUCUCGGACCUGAGCUUCCUCGAGACGCCCAGCUACGUUGCGGGUGUGACGAACCCCAUGUUCGAGACGCACCCUGAGUGGUGGGACGUGCUUUGCCAGCUGGAUUUGCCGAACGGUAGCGGGACCGUGAUCACAACAGAGGAGAUGAUUUCAGACGGGGGUGGUGGGCUACACCGCGUAAAAUCCGGCGGGGUAGGGGGCAGCAUGACCAACACCAACGGGGAGGAUAAGAGCAAGACGGGCGGAAAGGAUGCCGGUCUCCUUUUCCAAGGAGAUGCGAUCUUCGCGACAAAGCUCAUAGCCGGCGUCAAGGGAGGAAAGGGGGAGUCAUGGUCGCGCUGCGAGUGUUACGACUAUACGCAGGCAAGACGGCGUACGGCAUGCACCCGCGCGAGGGAGGUCCUUUGGUUGUAG